GGCGGAAGGCGCUGUGGCUCAGUCAUUUAAACUCUUCUUCUGAGUGACAGCUGACGACUCUCGCUGUCACCCACGCUCUCCUCCCGUCCCGGUCUCAGAGUCCACUCCAUGCAGGCGCUCAUCAUGAACUCCAAGGAAGCGGUCCAGAAAGCGGCAAAGGAGUUCCUGACGUUCGUCAACGCAGGGGUCUCCCCCUAUCACGUGGUGGAAGAAUGUAAGCGUCGUCUACUUGCCGCUGGCUUCGUGGAGCUGAAGGAGUCUGAGCAGUGGGACAUCAGGCCGGCCAACAAGUACUUCAUGACCAGGAACUACUCCAGCCUCAUCGCCUUCGCCGUCGGUGGGCUCUUCCUCCCCGGCAACGGCUUCUCCAUGAUCGGAGCGCACACCGACAGCCCCUGUCUCAGGGUGAAGCCUCGCUCUAAGAAGACUUCCCAGGGGUGUCUUCAGGUGGGGGUCGAGUGCUACGGCGGAGGGAUCUGGAAUACCUGGUUCGACCGCGACCUCACCGUGGCCGGCCGCGUCAUGGUCAAGGUGGGAGAGCGUCUGGUCCAUCGUCUGGUCCACGUCGGUCGUCCCAUCCUCCGUGUUCCGCACCUGGCCAUCCACCUGCAGAGAGACAUCAACGACAGCUUCGGCCCCAACAAGGAGACACACCUAGUGCCAAUCCUGGCCACGGCGAUCCAGGCAGAGCUGGAGAAGGACGGAGCCUCAUCUGGGAACGCCGUGGACGCCAAGACCACGGCGGAGAAGCACCACCCUGCUCUGGUCCAGCUGCUGUGUGAGCAGCUGGGGGUGGAGCCAGACGCCCUGAUGGACUUUGAGCUCUGUCUGACAGACACACAGCCUGGGGUUCUGGGGGGCGUCUACGAGGAGUUCAUCUACGCCCCGCGUCUGGAUAACCUGCACAGCUGCUUCUGCGCCCUGGAGGGUCUGAUUGAAUCCUGUGUCGGAGACACGCUGACCUCUGACCCAAACAUCCGCAUGAUCAGCCUGUACGACAACGAAGAGGUGGGGUCGGAGAGCGCCCAGGGUGCCCAGUCCAACCUGACGGAGAUGGUGCUGACCCGCCUCUCCUCCUCCGCCUUCCAUCGGGCCGCGCCCCUCUCCUUCAUGCUGAGCGCCGACAUGGCCCACGCCGUGCACCCCAACUACCAGGAGAAGCACGACGAGAACCACCGACCAUCUUUCCACAAGGGCCCGGUGAUCAAGUUCAACAGUAACCAGCGCUACGCCACCACCGCCGUCACUGCAGCCAUGCUCCGAGAGAUCGCCAGCAGGGUGGAGGUCCCCCUCCAGGACGUGAUGGUGCGUAACGACAGCCCGUGCGGGACCACCAUCGGGCCCAUCCUGUCGGCCCGGCUGGGGGUCCCCGUCCUGGACGUGGGGGCGCCCCAGCUCUCCAUGCACUCCAUCAGGGAGAUGACCUGCACCUCUGGGGUGCUGCAGAGCACCACCCUCUUCAAGGCGUUCUUCCAGCUCUUCCCCACCGUGAGGGCCCUGCUGACCGUGGACUAGACCUGUAGACCGGACCCCGAGGGCUGUAGACCCGACCUGGUCCCUGUGGUUCACCAAAGCGCUCAGCAGGGGGCGCCUUUGAGGAACAGGACCUUCAAGUGGUCGCCCCCAGACCCUGGUCCAGGGGGUCCGCACAGUCCUGGACCCCACGUGGGGACCUCCUUCCUGAGGGAGGGGACCAGCUUUUGAAUAAAACGGUUCACUGAA